UUCGCACUGUUGUGACAGCUGUGACAGCUGUCACGGCACUGUGUGGCAGGUGUCCACCAGCCGGUGCAGCUGAACCAACAGCUUGCAUCAUUAAUCGCCGCAUCCAAAGAACCUUUUCCGUUUUGGUUUCUGUAGGCACCGGACGGAGUAAUUACAGUGCAUCCAUCAAUUUGCGUAUCUUUUGCUCGCAAUGAUCGCGCCUUCCGACCGGAGCAGAUCUGCAUCUGCAUCGACUUAUGGCUGGCCUAUGCCCGAUCCAGCGCCAUAAAUCUACAUCAUGGCCGGUCCUUUCUACAGAACCUCCUUUCCAUUCAACCCCUCUGAAAAAAAAUCCAAUUGAUUAGUAUUUUCCCAGAGUCGAAUCAUCACAGUCAUCAUGGGCUCCAUCAACCAAACUACAAUGCUCAAGGCUCCCUUCCCAUCGCCAACGCAAAAGUGGCACGACAACACCUACCCAUCCCUCUCACCAACACGCCCCGAGCUCUCUGCCAAGGGUAAGACCAUUGCUAUUACAGGUGGCGGCACAGGAAUUGGCGCCGAGACAGCUGCUCAGUUCGCCGCUGCUGGUGCCGCCCGCAUUGGCAUCUUUGGCCGCAGAGAACAGCCCCUGCUUGCCACAAAGGCCUCCAUUGAGAAGCGCUUCCCCGGCGUCGAGGUGUUUACGGCCUCUACCGACGUAACCAACAAGGAGCAGGUGGACGCUGCGUUUGCCAGCUUCCUUGGUGACUCCAAACUCGACGUGGUCAUCAGUGCGGCGGCCAAGACCGGACCUACGGCUUCUGUCCAGGACGCAGACGGUGACGAGUUCAUUGAGGCUGUCAAUGUCAACCUAAAGGGCGCCCUCUUCACGGCGCAGGCCUUCCUUCGCCAUGCCUCCAAAAACGCCGUCGCUGUCAACGUUUCUUCGUCUGCCGCGCACUUGAACUUUGGUCCAGGCUUCGCUUCAUACAACUGCUCCAAGAUCUCCGCCUUUCGCCUAUGGGACUCCCUUGCAUUUGCCAACCCCGAACUCAGCGUAUUCCACGUUCAACCCGGCGUGGUCGACACCGAGAUGAACAGGGAAGCGGGCGGUGUCAAAGCAGUUGGCUUUGAAGAUCAUGUAUCUCUACCUGCGACCUUUAGCGUCUGGCUAGCGAGCCCCGAGGCACGCUUCUUGAAUAGAAAGUUCCUGUGGGCAAACUGGGAUGUGGAUGAGCUCAAGUCACGAGAGAAGGACCUCGGCGCCACAUUCGACCUCACGCUUGUUGGGUGGCCCUUUGCAAGCAACGACUGGAAGGCUGGCUGGAGCAUGUAGGCUGCCAAGACAGAGUCGGUGGAAUAGGUUAUUCUAUGAAUAUAUUUACGAAUUCUCCCAUAAAAGCUAGAUACAAUUAAAAAAAGUUUUUUUUUCCUUGACAAUGUGACGGCGUGGUUUGCACUAGGUAGAUUGUCUGUCCUGUAUAGAACAACUCCAGUGUAGGUUAGCCAAGUCUAAAAGUAC